AUGGCCAAUGUUGUGAAUUUAAAUAUACCAUCUUGUCAACCACAUAAUAUCUGUCAGCAUUGUCACAUAUAUUUUGUAGAUGUCAAAGCUGAACAUUAUAAUGUCAGCAAUAAUAAUCAAGAUCUAAAAAAUUUAUUUACUUGCACAUAUUGUGAGAAAAGCUUCACUCGAAAAGACAAGUUGAAUGAUCAUAUUAAACUGCAUACAGGUGAAAGUCCUCAUAUUUGUACCUACUGUGGGAAAAACUUUACAAGAAAAGAUAAAUUGACAGCUCAUGUACGAAUACAUACAGGAGAGUGUCCUUAUGUGUGUACUCAAUGUGGAAAGGGAUUCACUAGAAAAGACAAGUUAGUUGCACAUACAUAUAUUCAUACAGGUUUACAUCCCUUCACGUGUCCACAUUGUAAUAAAGGAUUUGCUUGGAAGGAUAAAUUAACGAAUCAUAUUAGAACACACACAGGAGAAAGGCCGUUUGUGUGUAAACAUUGUGGGAAAGCUUUUGCACAAAAUGAUAAAUUGACUGUUCACAUAAGAAUUCAUACAGGUGAGAGGCCAUAUGUGUGCAAACAUUGUGGCAAGGCAUUUGCCCGCAAUGAUAAAUUAACUGCUCAUGUGAGAAUUCAUACUGGUGAGUGCCCAUUUGUAUGCAAAACAUGUGGUAAAGCAUUUGCUCGAAAUGAUAAGUUAACAUCCCAUUCCUAUACGCAUUCAGGGAAAUAUCCAUAUAAUUGCCCACAUUGUGGUAAAGGAUUUGUUUGGAAAGAUAAACUCACUAACCAUGUACGUGUGCAUACUGGAGAACGUCCAUUUGUAUGUAAGCACUGUGGGAAAGCAUAUGCUCAGAAGGACAAGCUCACUGUUCACAUUCGUAGUCAUACUGGAGAAAGGCCUUUUGUUUGCAAACACUGUGGAAAAGCUUUUGCCCGUAAUGACAAGCUUACUGCACAUAUUCGCAUUCAUACAGGAGAGCGACCUUACAUCUGUGGUCAGUGUUCAAAAGCUUUUACCACAAAAGGUAAAUUAAAUAUUCAUAUGAGAACUCAUGAUGGAAAAUUACCUUAUACAUGUACACAGUGUGGGAAGAAUUUUAACAGCAAAGAGAAGUUGAGUGCCCAUCUGUUAAUUCAUCUUGGCGGUGGUUCCUGUGCUUCUUUAAUUGUGCAACCUCUAAUUGGGAAAAAUAUGCCAGUAUGA